AUGGCUCAGAUAUUGAAGUAUACAAAUGAGAAUAUGGAUAGCGAAGGUUAUGCCUUCUCUUUCGAGACAAGCGAUGGGAUUUCUAGACAGGAAUCGGCCAUGUUAAGGCAUGCGGGCACACCAAUGGAGGCCUUAGAAGUACAGGGUAGUGUCAAUUGGAUUGGACCAGAUGGUAUACAUUAUAAGCUCAAUUAUUUGGCCGAUGAGAAUGGCUUUCAGCCACAAGGUGAACAUUUACCGCAAUUGGAAACUGCUCGAAUUGAUCACUGA